GCGGCAGAGAGCUGCCUGCGCAUGUCAAGGCUAGCAACACAUUCAGCUAGGGGGUGGCCCUGGAGAGGGGCGGCUUGAUCACCCAAUCGCCCAGCAUCGGGGCUUCGCAGGAUCCAGAGACGCGCCCCGCGGAAGGGGGUCCCCCCCUCUACCCAGCCUCCACCUCUGAGAUCGCCAGUCCCACCGAAGCUCCCGCCUCUUUCCACGCCUGGUGGACCUCAUGGGAGCCCGGGGCUGCUGUGUACAAGACUGAAGUGGAACACAUUCUGUAGCCCAGACGACGGCUGGAGUGGGGACACGCCCAGCUGGAGAAGCCUGCCCCGCCGUAGAAGCCCGAGAUUCUGAGUCUCGGUGGAUCGAAGUCGCUGUCCCUAGGGGAGGCGAGAGUUCCAGAAACCACUUACGAGAAAAGAUGCCUGCCUUCAACAGAUUGCUUCCCCUAGCUUCUCUAGUGCUCAUCUACUGGGUCAGAGUCUGCUUCCCUGUGUGUGUAGAAGUACCCUCGGAGACAGAAGCCGUGCAGGGCAAUUCCAUGAAGCUGAGAUGCAUCUCCUGCAUGAAGAGGGAGGAGGUGGAGGCCACCACUGUAGUGGAGUGGUUCUACAGGCCUGAGGGCGGUAAAGAUUUCCUUAUAUAUGAGUAUCGAAAUGGCCACCAGGAGGUGGAGAGCCCCUUCCAAGGUCGUCUGCAGUGGAAUGGGAGCAAAGACCUGCAGGACGUAUCCAUCACUGUUCUCAAUGUCACUCUGAAUGACUCUGGCCUCUACACAUGUAAUGUGUCCAGGGAGUUUGAGUUCGAAGCACACCGGCCCUUUGUGAAGACCACAAGACUAAUACCCCUGCGAGUCACUGAAGAGGCGGGAGAAGACUUCACCUCCGUGGUCUCGGAAAUCAUGAUGUACAUCCUCCUGGUCUUCCUCACCUUGUGGCUGUUUAUUGAGAUGAUCUAUUGCUACAGAAAGGUCUCUAAGGCCGAAGAGGCAGCUCAGGAAAAUGCGUCUGACUACCUUGCUAUCCCUUCAGAGAACAAGGAGAACUCUGUGGUACCCGUGGAGGAAUAAAGUGGUGUGACUUGAGGUGAUGUACAGGCAUUUGGGAGGGUAAGGUGGAUGUGGGUGGCAUUUGGCAUCUACAAUGGAAGUGACUUUCAAUUUGGUCCUUUUGUAGCAAUCUCGUCCUUCGGGUACUCUACGUUAAUGGUCACAUCACAAUGCUCUCUAUUAUAUCAAACCCUUCAGAAGCUGAAUCACUUUGGCCUGAAUAUUGAGCAAACCAAACCCCUUGCUCAUGAUAGCAAAGGCACAAUAAUUCUCUCGUUCCCUGUUUCCUCCGUAUGUGUUUGGAGAGGGUUGCCCUGGACAUUCUCAAUGAGUUCUUCUAUUGUUGGUGGGUGAGCUGAGUGCUGAGCAACUGGCUAUCCCCAGUUCAGCAAUGCCAGCAACAUCAGGAAGUGCCCCAGGUGUCCCAACACAUCCAUCUUUCUAUUCACCAACCACCCACCCAACUGUGAGAUUUUUACCUGACUUCCGGACUCUAUCAGAACUCCUAUACAUCUUGACCUUGCCUGAACUGAAGAGCCAACAUCUCUCCAUGGACUAAACCUCACUCUAUCCUUGCUUCCAAUCAAGUAGCUCCCAACUCAACUAGAGUUGUCCCCUGUGCUCCAAAUGACUUUAGAUAAGUACUGGAGAGUAGUAGUCUCUGUGUCCUGUCUGCAAUUGGGUUGUCCUUCACUGCAGCAAAAGGAUGAAUGUAUAUUGGAAGGAAGCCCUGAUUAGUUUGUUUAAAAGCCAAAGUGUGGCAUUCACUUUGAUUCAUUGAAGUCAUUCUUUUCCUGCCUCUUAGAACACAAGAGAGCAGCAUGCCCGCCCCUAAACUUUCCAGAGACAUCUUCUGUGUGCACUGGAAUACAUUCUGGAGCUCAGUGUUUCGAGGCUAUGUCUCCAUAAUCCCAAAGGCCUGGAACAAACCCAGAACUUCCAAGAAGCCAAGGAAGCAUCCAGGACGAUUUCAGUAGGUUUUGAAAGCGAUAUAACACUCCCGAGAUUGGAAACACGGAUGAGUGAAUUUUCUGGGUUGAAAUGCCUCACUUCUUCAUUUCUCAGUGUCUGUGGAUCAGUAUUAGUCCUCGUUUUACAGGAGGCAUCUGAGACUCACACAAGGCUGAACAGGAUAUUGAGGGGAUUAAACUGGCCGAGAGAUGAGUUUCAUGCCUCCACUCUUACACUCCCUAAGCUGAAAGAUGUUUUUGAGGACUCUUAACAAUCAGCAGGGCAGAAGCAUGGCAUUUGUCCAGCAGAGGCUACAGGUGACAUGAGACAGACUUUAGGAUUUCACACAAAGAUUUGUGAAUCUGAAGCAUCCUCCAAGAGACAUGGCACCUGAGGGCAAUAGCUAUAUGGCAAAAAAUGUUUUUAGUCUGAAAUGGACAAUGAACAAAGAGACAAAGAUAGGUGUGUAGCUUCUAAAUACCUCACCUGUAGAUGUCAUGUUUGGGUAUUGGUGUUUGUAAAGUCCCCCACCCCUACCCUCAUCCCCACCCAAGAGAGCAGGGAACAAGUGACAAGAUUCUUAGUCAAUAUCUCUUUUUUAAUGACUGUUCUAAGUGCAAUAUUCUUUAGCCCCUACAGAUAGCAAGGGCAGGAGGCCUUAUGGUAUAUAAAAAGAUGCAAGUGAGACUCAGUAAGAGAGUUGUCCUCACUCUGAGGAGCUCUAUAAGAAAGACCCUUCUCCACCCCCAUCGGGCUUUGUAUGGCAAACUCCCUUUUCACCCACACCGUUUCCUUCUUUGUGGAUGCCAGACAUCCGCCUUGGGACUCCCAUCCCACUCUUUUUUAUCUGGUUUGUUUGUACAUGGGGGUUUAUCCAGAAACACAAUUGCAUUUGCUUAUGGGAGAUCAUGACUAUGACCUACAAGGUAUGGCACUCACCAGCCAACUUAAAAUCUUCACCAUCUCCAUCUUCUUCCCAUCCUUCUACUUUGAAUCCCAGACUAGACGUGCGCAGCUCUGGAGCCUUUCCUGGUGUGCUACUGCUUACUAAAGGGCUUAGAAGAGUUCUCAAGGGCUAUAAUCCUCUAGAAACCCCACUGUUUGUCUUGGUGCUGGGUAUUUGCUGUGACUGAUUCUCAAUAAUUUACUGAAGGUCAAACUAAGCUGAGUCUAAUUUCCCCUUUAUUACUGUCUAACAGCUGUGAACUUGGUUACUCGGUUGGGCCUGAAAGCAUCUUGCCCUGUUGACUUGGAGUGUCAGCUAGGUGUUGGAUCAAGCCCCAGUCCCUAAGUGGAAAUACUCAGUGCUUGCUAUCUCAGGCUUUCCUUUCAAUUUGUUUACACAUUAUUCUUUGGUUCCUCCACUCUCAAUUAACUGCACACCCAUGCUUUCUUUUGAGUUUCUGGGUUUGCUCUAGACAUCAAAAUAGAAUUGCAAGUAGAAAGGGAAGUUUUCAGAGCAAGAUUAUGCUGAGAAAGAUAGCAGUGGGCUUAAAAGUGGAAAGGGCUAAGGUGAUAGCCCAAUAGGUAAAGUGCUUGCCACGCCAGCGGGAGAGUCUCCGUAUGAUCUCUAGAAUCCAUGUGAACAGCCAGACAUACAUUAUGGCACACAUUGGUCAUCCCAGACCUGGGGAGGCAGAGACAGGAAGAUCUGAGACUCGCUAACCAGGUCACCAGGCCAAACUUACUUACUUGGCAAGCUCCAGGAGAGUGAGAGACCCUGUCUCCAAAAACAAAACCAAAAAACCAACAAGGUGGAUAGUGCCUGAGGAAUGACACCCAAGGUUGACUUCUGGCCUCCACAUAUACAUGCACACAAGUUAAGGCCCAUAAGCAUACUUACAUAAAGAUGCACACGCUUGUGUCUGUGUAUGUAUACAUGUGCGUGCACACACACACACACACACACACACAGAGACAGAGAGAGACAGAGAGAGAGACAGAGACCUUCCUCUCACUUGUUUUAUAAAUGAGAAAGCCCUGGUUCUGUGAAUUCACUCAGUCAAUGCAAAUGUAUGUAACCAGGACCUUGGUGUGCCUACGCAUCAUUCUGAUCAUCUACUCACAUUGUUCAACACUCUCUGUGUCGAGCACUAGGUUAGGCUCUAGUUAGACCCCUUGGUUUUAGGUCUGUAAAAGUGUGCAAGCAUGUGUGUGUGUGCGCGCACAUGUGUGUGUGUACACUAGUGCACAAGCACAUGGUUCCAAUAAAGUCUCUCUGUUCAUGUCAAUAAAGCGUCUCUGAAGACCA